AUGACUCACACGCAGAGCCCUAAAGAUGUCCUCGAGUUACGUGCGAAGUACGCCGUGGUCGUGGGCACGCCGACUGUGGAGCGAGUGCAACACAUCCACGCUGUCAAUCCACAGACGCAUGUUGGUGUCAUAGUCCUGCUCCCAUCGUCUGGGCUGCGAGCCGUUGCCAGUGGCAUAUUCGCUCGGCCAUUACCCAAAGGAUUCUUUCUCGGAGAAGACCAAACUUUGGCUCCCGCGUACGCUGUAGUCGAGGGUGCGUUAGCGGCGCUCAAUACCUCUGUUGCUCGGGAAGCGUACACCCUCGCGGUCGAAGGCGGAUUGGAUAUGCGUACUCUAUCUGAGGCGCUCGGCAGCGGUGCCGGCGGCAGUGCAGGCUUCAACGCUCUGUGGGGCCCACUCCUCUCCGGGGAAUCGGCGGAGACGCAACUGCGCAACGCGGCCGAGGCACUGAGUUCAGCGCUCGCUCUGGCCAGUGAGAUCCGCUUCUACGCACCCCUUAUGGCGCUCGCCCGCCAGUCACUCGGCCCAGUCACCCCAAACCCGACUGUCAAGCGGAAGGAAGGUAAGGCGGCGAAACAUCCGGAGUCUCAAGAGCCGAGUAAGGUCGCUUUCAUCGGUCUGGGCUCGAUGGGUCUGCCAAUGGCAAAGCACCUGCACGCCCUCCCCGAAGUGGUGGGGUACGAUGUGUCACCAGUUGGCCGAGAAGCAUUCAAGGAGUCUGGCGGCCGCGUGGCAGACAGUGCCGCCGAUUGUGCCUCGGGAGCCGAAGUUCUGGUGCUCAUGGUCGUCAACGUGGCUCAGGCCGAGGACGUGCUGCUCGCCUCUGGCGCGCUCACGGCUCUGGCACCCGGUGCCUGCGUGCUGUUCAUGGCGACCGGUGCGCCCGGUGACGUCCUCCGAAUGCAGGAGCGACUAACCGCCGUACGGACAGAUGUUGCUCUGCUCGAUGUCCCGGUCAGCGGCGGGACGCCACGGGCCGCGUCGGGUGAGCUGACGCUGUUCUGCGGCGGUCUCGAGGGUGCUCCUCCCGAGACAGCCGCGAAGGCGAGGGCAGUGCUCCAUCGCCUCGGGUCGAUUGUUUCUCUCGGGGCGGUGGGUGCUGGAUCCGCAGCGAAGCUGAGUAACCAGCACCUUGCAGGGUGUGGCAUCUCCUCAGUCGCUGAGACGCUGGCGUUUGCUACAGCCUUGGGGCUUCCUGGCCGGCUGACCAGGGAGUUGCUCCUACAGGGGCCGGCACGCUCGUGGAUGCUCGGUCAUCGCGGAGGAAACAUGCUGGCCGGGUUGCGACAGCCACCCACGUCUGCCGUCACGAUCUUCGUGAAAGACAUGGGCAUUGUUGUCAGUGAAGCCACACGCCGCAAUGUCUCCGUUCCCCUUGCCGCCACAGUUCAGCAGCAGUUCGUCUUCUGUGCCUCGGUGGGAUGGGACAGGGAUGAUGACUCUGGUUUAGUCCGAAUCUGGGAGUUGGCCGGUAUAGACAGCCCGUCUAAACUAAAACUAAGCGUCAGGAGUCGUUAUGGUAUCUUCUAA